UAGUAAAUAAAAAUGGCUGGGAAGUUAAAAGUUUGUUCCUUAUCAAUGUGGUGAAAAAAUAAAUAAUAUGAGUUGAAAAUUAUAGAAUUAUGUUCUUAAAAACGUAGAAUUUAAAAGUUAAUCAUAUUAGUUUUAACAAUUUACAAUCAUUAAUUAUAAUUGAAUGUAAGAAAUAAAAUAAUUUUCUAUUGUGAAAACAUCUGGAGCUAGCGCCAUAGUGUGGAUAAGAAGCAGUCGAAAAUAAGGAUAUUUUCGUUUCAAGUGUUCAACAGUAAGACAUGAAUUCCUUCUAUUUUUAGACUGUGGCUUCGAUAAAUUAUCAAAAUGGUUGUGGGAGAGGCCAGUAUACACAAUAUAAUGGGGGGCAUGGAAAGUACAGGAGGUGUACGACUUCAUAAUCAUAAAAGAAAAUUAAAACAAAGGUUUGAUAUAAUUAAAAAAUUAGGUCAAGGAACAUAUGGCAAAGUACAGUUAGGAAUAAAUAAAGAAACCGGCCAAGAAGUAGCAAUUAAAACAAUUAAAAAAUGCAAAAUAGAAACUGAAGCCGAUCUAGUCAGAAUUAGAAGAGAAAUUCAAAUUAUGUCCAGUGUUCAACAUCCAAAUAUUAUUCACAUUUAUGAAGUUUUUGAAAAUAGAGAGAAAAUGGUGCUAGUCAUGGAGUAUGCAGCGGGUGGUGAAUUGUACGAUUAUUUGAGUCAAAGGAAAGUUUUAACUGAAGAGGAAGCACGACGAAUAUUCCGUCAAAUAGUGACCGCGGUCUUUUACUGUCACAAACACAAUAUUUGCCAUAGAGAUUUAAAACUCGAGAAUAUUUUAUUGGAUCAAAUUGGAAAUGCAAAAAUAGCCGAUUUCGGUCUAUCGAAUGUUUUCGAUGGGAAAAGAUUGUUGAAUACAUUUUGUGGAAGUCCACUUUACGCGAGUCCGGAAAUUGUCAAAGGAACACCAUAUCACGGUCCCGAGGUCGACUGUUGGAGUUUGGGCGUUCUUUUGUAUACUCUUGUUUACGGUGCCAUGCCAUUCGAUGGAUCUAAUUUCAAGAGACUAGUUAAACAGAUCUCGUCUUCCGAUUAUUUUGAACCAAAAGUGCCAUCUCCUGCGUCUACUUUAAUAAAAGAAAUGCUCACAGUGUGUCCAGGAACAAGGUCCGACAUACAAAAAAUUUGCACCCACUGGUGGGUAAAUGAAACUUACGAAAAAAAUUGUCUACUAAUCGCCGAAGAAUUGGCGGCUCAAACUCCAGUGCGUUUAGAUUUAUUGCUAUCACUGGUUCCACAGUCGGCGAACGCUGACAAAUUAGUUGUAGGUGAACAUCAAUCGGACGAAACAAAUCUUCCAGCUGACACAACGUCUGAAGUUCAAAUGCCAACGAGAUCAUAUUCCGCUGAUAAUUUCAUGGAAUUCGAACGAAGUACUUCCACCGAUGUAAUGCGGGAAAUAACAGACAUCGAAUCAUCAAGACAAACGAAUAAUGGCGAUGCGAAGAGAAAAUUGGAAAGUACAUCGUCAGUCGACGAAAAUAUGUCCGCACUGACAAAGCGAAAAGAAAUUUUAAAAACAGAAAAAAAUGAUGACAAGUCCCAAACAGCAAUGGAUAUUGACCAGACCACAAGCGAAGUAAUUUCACCAACAAUUGAAAAUACAGAAAAUACAAAUGUAAAACACCCGGAAAAAUUAACACCCGAAAAUAAAUCCGAAGGAGAAAAUUCCAAACCAAUAAAGCAGAAUAAAAUCACCGUCGAUUUGACUGGAAAACACGUGAUGAUGGAUUCGAUAAAAGAUAAUAAUCCCGAGCAAGAAAUUCCGGUGAAGACUGUUAAAAAAUUAAGAGAUAAAUCACAUUCACUUGAUUCGGCGUCAAUAAGUGAUGUGACAAAAGCCAUUAAGACUGUGGAGCGACGACGUUCGAAAAUUUUUGAAACCGCCGAAAAGUUCAAUCAAAUGUUGUCAAACGUUGAAAGUGAGAAACCAAAGAAAAUUUUCAUUCCCGGUGUGAAUGUGGGUGGCGCGAAGCGAGCAUUUGAGAGAAAAGCGAGUCUUAAUUCUGGCAGUGUGCCAAUUUCUACAAAGGAAAAAAUAACAUCGAAACUUGGAAAAAAUUUAGAUAAAAAGUCGGAGAAACCUACCGAUGAAGAGAAGCUAAAUACCGACAAUGAUUGUAAAAUUGAGAAAAAUAAUACUUCUCAAGAAGAGAAUACAUCGAAUUCCAGUAAAUCUGAUCCAAAUUCAAAGCGAAAUCUUAUCAUUCAAUUGGGACCGAAUGACUUGAGAGCGGCAACUGUUACAGUUUCGACACCGGUUGACACGAAAUUGUCACCGGAAUUGAAGCAAGAUUUCCAACCGACACUGGUGAGUGAUGUUGAACCAGUAAAAAUAAAUUCAACGCCGGAGAAGCCAAAGAAGAGCAGCAAAAUGGAAAUAACAUUGCAAAGUACCGCUAAAGGUGCAUCGCCGAAAACAAUGAAAACCGAAAUUAUGUUAGGGGAAUUAAAAUCCCCGCAAAGUCCAACCUACAAAACGGAAAUUGAAGCCAAGAUAAACACCGCAGAUCCACGAAAAAUUCAAACACAACGUUCGGAAGUGGCUUUUCCAAUUGCCGCCGUAUCGCCACAAAUUAGUGCGAGUUCGAGUUAUGACGACAAAGAAAAACCCACCAUUGCUUUCAGAAAGGAACGCAGUGUUCCUAUUCAGAUGGACCUUUCUUAUAAUCCAAGUGAACAGAAGAGAGCGCCAUUGAAAUAUCCAUCAGCAGAUUAUUCGGAAUCAUUUGAGCGUCAAUCGACAAUUGAUUCUGAUACGGACAAUACUUCAAAAUCUGUCAUUGGACCCGAGCCAAUUAGAAAAAGCCCUAGGGAGUAUAUCAUUCCUAUUGCCGUCGAAGGUGCUAAUUAUAUAACACCACGGGCCGAUAGUGUAGAUAUUGAGAGUAAAAACAGUGCGUCAAGUUUGUCCAGUCUGUCAAGAUCGAGAUUCGGAAAGUCCAGGAGAAUCAGCUCUCUACUCUCUGACGCCAGUGAGGACGAUGAAUCUCCAUUCUUGUCACUCAGUAGGGACAGCGAUGAUCUGUUCCAACGUCACAUGCAUCGUUUGAGAAGUUCACGACCCAGAAGACAACCUUCCGAUCUCGCUGAUAGUUUAUCGUCCGGUGAAGAAGACGACGACGAUGGUUUUGAACUUCUCACGGCAGAAAAUUUAUUCUCAACACUAUUGUCACGAGUCCGAAGUCUCACGCAGAGAUUAAAUGUGGACGACAAUAAGAAUAGUCUCUUCCCCAAUUCUCGAUUACUUGGACGUUUCGAUUCCAAUCCAUCGCAGUCAUUUUGGGGGACACGCGAACCAUUGUCAAGGCGAAUCUCAGAAUCACAAUUCCAACGAUCGUCGAAUUGUGACAUGGACCGAUUGAGUCGUAAAAAUUCAUUUGGAAUGAUGAAUCCAAAAUAUCAAGAUAGUCAGACUUCACUGGGAGAAUCGUCCAAGGAGAGUCUCUCCUCCUCGGGGAGAAGUAACACUUUGCCAAGGGAUAAUUAUCACGAUAAUUCAACAGAAGAAGCACAGUUCAAUGAAUCACUGGAUUACAAUUUCACACCAAGUUUAACUCGUCGAUUAAAUAGCAAAUUCGGUCAACAAUCAAGAAUUCAUACGGGAGUAUCGCCCUUCAAUUCACCCGAGAAGAAUUACCAGCAAAUCUUGACAGAUACGUUAAAAUUGAAAAAAGAUUACGAUAAUGAAAAUUGUAAUACAAAUUUAAAACAAUCGGGCGAAAGAAGUGAAAGAAGUCUUAGAAGAAGUACAAGUUUACUAGAACCAAGAAACGAUCUCUGUGGAUUUAAUUUCGCCUCAUUGAGAAAUACCGACAGCUUUUUCGAUAAUCGAGAAAAACUUUUAUCAUCAAGAUGGAAAACUGGCGAUAGAGAAUAUAGACGAGGUUUCAGUGUCGGUAGAAUUUCAGAAUUUCCAAAUAUGAACACUGACAAUAAUCUUGAAUCGAAUUUAUUUAACGAUUCAAUAUCGGCGUGUGACUCGAGUACAAAUUUACACGAUUCAGCUUCAAGUCGUUCGAUAAUGUCAUGUGAAUCAUCGGCAGCAAAUUCAUUUUCAAAUAUUCAAGAUCAUUCAUCGUCAUCCACUUUGCCAUACAAAUCGUCGAAACCUUCACGAAAUUUCGAAAUUCGUUUACUCGCCGCCGAGAGUCUUAUAAAAGCCUCAAAAUUCAAGAAUCUCGAUGAUCCGAAAUUAGAUUCAAAUUCAAAAUUCGAAACAACAAAUGCAAAAUUUAAAAAUCACGAUGACUCGAAAUUCGAUUCGAAAUUUGAUACAAAUACAAAAUUUGAUACAAAUGCAAAAUUUGAUACGAAUACAAAAUUUGAUACGAAUUCGAAAUUAGACAGCAAUACUAAUAAUAAAACUCCAGAUGUAAUUUCCGAAAUGGUGAAUUCAAUGAUUAUGAAACGUAAUCGUUCGAUUCCCUUUCCGCGAUUUCGCUCGAGUUCCUUGAAUCGAGAAUUUGCCUUCGACGAAAGGAGAAAAUCGCCCUUCACAUCCACCGAUUCGCCGGCGGAAAAAUCACUUUUCCAAAAAUUGCCCAAAUUUCAACGACACGACGAGGAAGAAUCUUCGUCUUCAAUCAAAGACGAGAGCAACGAUUCGAAAAUCGAGAAAGGACAACGUCGAAUUUCACGUUUUUUGAGACCGGACUUUUUCGACACACCAAGGGAAGAGAGUCAGUACGUAAAGGACAAGGAGGCGAAGAAAGCUUUGGAAAAUGAACGCAGAAAAUCGAGAUUCAUGCGAAAACCAAUUGAAAAUGCAUUUGAUCCUAAUCAGAUAAUUUCCGAUCCAAUUACAAUAAAAGAACAAGAGACUCCAAGCGAUGAUCAACAUAAAAAGACUUCCGAGAAUUCGUACUUAAUAAAGCAAUUAUCGAACAAUGACAACGAGGUGGAGAAACUUCCACCAACAGAUUCUGCAUUAUUUACACACUACAUUCCCGAAACUAUCGAUGUAAACGAAAAAACAAAACCAGAAGAAACUCCUGCUCCGAAGAAGCCUUCGAAAAUAUUUUCCAAAUCAAAAACCGUUCCUCGAAUCGAUGUGCCGAGUAAAGAAGAAGUAAAAACAAGCGAAAGUGCAUCAAACAUGCGAUUUCGAAGUAAAAUCCCGACAAAAUUCAAGAAAAAUGAAACCAAUGCGGUGAAAAAAAUCACCGACAGCAAUAAACUGCCAAAUACAAAAACCCCUGAAGUCUCGUCCCUAUCAUCGUCGUCAUCAACAUCAAAAGUAAAAAAGAAGGACAACGAAUUGAGCCUCCUGCAAAGAUCCAAGACAGAGGUGAAAAAAUCCCUAGAACAAUGCUCGAAAUUAGUGAAAAAAUACAGUCUCGAGAAUUCGAAAAAAUUAAAAGCAGAAAAAGAAUUAGGAGCUGGAAAAACAAGAACAAAUUCGAUCGAGAAGGAAAAAUCGUCAGAGAGAAAUUUAGAGAGAAAUCUAGAGAAGAAUUUAGAGAAGAAUUCAGCUCGAAACAUCGUUCAGGUAGAAAUCGUUUCCGAUCGAACAACACCCGACAAGAAGCAAUCAUCAAAAACCGACAAAGCAUUUAGAGAAAAAUCCCAAUCGCCAAAUAGCGAAAAUAAUUCCGAAGAGAAUGGCAAGAAAAUUGUCAAAAAAAUCCUACCCUCUCUAUCAAGGAUAAAUUCGACCCUGAAAAAUCACGAAAAGGGUGAGAAAAAAUUACUGAAGCGCACAAAAGUCAAAGAAGUCAACGAAAAAGAAAAUGAUGUUGCGAAAAAGAAAGAAGAGAACGGUAUAAAAAAGAAGGAAGACCAAGAAAAAAGUACUAGCACCAAGAAAAAAGAAGUCGAUAUUAUCAAAAAACGAAAUCAAGACGAAAUCAAGAAGAAGGAGAUCGACAAUAUUCUCCAAAAGAAGAAAAAAAUAACUCUAAAAAAAUCGAGUAAUUUAAUUAAAAUUGAAAAAAAGCAAUCGCCUGAGACCAGCGACUCUUCGGAGGAGAAAUUCGACUAUAAGAAUGCAACAAAAAAAUUAAACGAGGCAAAAAAUGGCGUUUUACCGAAAGUCGAAAAAUUUCUCCCCCUUGAAAAAAUUUCAGUCCUACUUCCAGAAAGUGAAUCAAAAGAAAAAGGAAAAUUCGAAAAUAAUUUCAAUUUAGACGAGACAACUGACAACAAAGAACAAAAUCUCUUCUACCAAACAUCGGAAAAUCUCAACUCGAGAUCAAAAGAACAGAGCAAAUCUCCCGAUCUCUCACAAAUCGACACCUCGGAAUAUUUCAAUUUCAAUUUCUGCCCUAGCGAUUCCGAAACCAAUAGAAGUGAUUCCACCUUACCAAUUCGCGACAUUCGCGACCACCAGGAACAGGAAUCAAUAAUCGAUCGAAUACGAAGAAAAAGUUUCUAUUCCCGUUUCAACGAUAGAAAACGUAAAACACUCGUGUCUCCCUUGACAUCACGAUCGGAGAUGUGGCCAAGUAUGACCCUACCAAAGAAUUUCAGUUUCACCAGUUCGAAAAAAAAUGAUUCAAAUACCAAACAACAACAAAAGAGAAAUAGUUUGUAUAAUAAUAUUUUAUCCGAUUCAAAGAAUACGGAUCGAAAUCGUUAUUCUUUCUGUUCGGAUAAUUCAAUUUCGUCAAUUGAUAAUAAUCACGAUCUACCGAGACGUAAAUAUUCCACUGCCACUGAUUUCAAUUUAAGCAAAAAUCAUUUUGGAAAUAAUACAAUUCCGAGGAAGGAAAAUAAGAAAUUCCCAAUAAUGGGACAUUGUGAUGAGGAAACAAUUGCUAAGAAUUGGUCGUAUUCCUCCAUUCCUAGUGAAAGUUGCAGCAAUGAUUUCAUGGAAGAUGGUGCCAAUUUUAUGCAAACUAGAAAGAAAGAUUAAUUAUGAGUUCUAACAAAAGAAGUAUAGCAGGCUUUCUGCGCUAAUAGCGAUAGACAUUUUCUAUAAACUGGUUGAUAUUUUUAAUACGUAAUUAAAAUAUUUUAAUGAAAUUACGACAAUUUUUUUUUGGCAAAAAAAUAUAAUUUUCAUGAAAGUAUAAAAAUACUUUCGGUAUAAAAAUACCAAAAGUCUCGGUAGUAUAAAAAUGCCGAAAGUAAAAAGAGUGUUUAAACUUUGGUUAAAUUUCGAUUUUUCAAUUCGAAGAAAGUAAUCUAAGUCAUGAAUUUUCUAAUUUACUGAAUGUAAUCAACACUUUGAAAUAAGUCACUAGGUAAGAUAUUUUUAAUCUAGAAAAAAUGUUCGCUAGUGGAACAAGUAUAAAAUAAGUUUUAUGUCGUUUGUCCUUAUAAAAUAUUUUCUACUGUAAUUCCGUUCAUUUCAUUUCAUUCUAUUUUUCUUGAAAAGAUUUCUAAAAAAAUUGUACAUUACAAAAAAAAUAUCAUGACCAAAAUUUAUAUCUUAAUAAACCUUUGAUGAUGCGAAAUAGUUUUCGAAGGAAACCGAAACAAUCCGAAAGGGAUUGUUCACAAUUUAAAAGCGAAGUUUACAUUUGUAAACACUCCCAAAGCAGAUUAUUUCUCAAAACCGAAAAAAAAGUCUUCAUUAUUAUUUAUUUAUGAAAAUCACUCGUUCAUUUAAAUUUCUGAAUUUUACUUCAUGUUAUUUUUCUCUUUAAAUAAUGGACUGAUUAAGAUAUUUACUAUUAUAUACAAUAAAUUUUAUACCUUUUUUCGUAUUUUAAAAAACAAAAACACGUCGUCGAAACCAAAUUAUAAACUAGUCUUCUGUUUUCAAUUAUACAAAGUUUAUGAAAUAAAUAAUUACUACUUUUAA